AUGGUCCUGCUCGCUACAAACGCAGACGAUAUCUCAAAAGCCGUCCGGUUCGCGCAGGACAGCAAUAUCGACCUAGCGAUCAGGGGAGGCGGCCACUCCGUUGCGGGGACGAGCUCCAGCGAUGGCGGCCUUGUAAUUGACCUCUCCCGCAUGCGAAAGGUCACGGUUGACCCUGUGGGCAAGACGAUCACUGCUCAAGGUGGUGCGCUUUGGGCGGAUGUCGACCUUACUGCUGCCGCCCACGGACUCGCUACGGUUGGUGGUACCGUCAAUCAUACUGGUAUUGGAGGGCUCACCUUGGGCGGCGGAUAUGGAUGGUUGAGUGCAAAGUACGGCCUUGUCAUUGACAAUCUCAUCUCUGCAAAGAUGGUGCUCGCGGAUGGACGGAUUGUAAACACAUCCGCAACAGAAGAGCCGGAUCUUUUCUGGGCGAUCCGGGGGGCAGGGCAUAACUUUGGAGUUGCCGUUGAAUUCGUGUACCAGGGAUAUGAACAGGUGAACCAAGUCUAUGCGGGCCCUCUCGUGUUCAGCAUGGACAAACUGGAGAGUGUCAUCGAGGUGUUGAACGCGACACUACAGACCCCGGAUGAAAACUCAGCUGCAAUAUGUGCACUUUCCAAACGGCCAGGCGCUCCUGAUAUCAGCUUGAUCGUGAUAGUAUUCUACAAUGGCAAUGAAGAGGACGCUAAGAGGCGCUUUGAGGGAUUGUUUGCUCUCAAGCCAGAAGUCGCUGAUGCCAAAAUGAUACCAUAUUCCGAAGUCAAUACGUUGAUGAACGCUGCAGCUGUCCAUGGUGGUCGCAGGAGCUUCAAGGGACUGUUCUUCUCUCCACCACUAAGGCUAGAUUUUGCGCGGAGUAUUGCAUCCAUCAUGGCGCAAAAAUUGAACAAUGAGCCUGAUAUGGCCGGAUCUGUCCUGGUUCUGGAGUUUUUCGAUAUGCGAAAGACUCUUGAGGUCAAAUUGACCGAUACGGCAUUUGCCAACCGUGGCACUACCUUGAAUGGCAUUUUGAGCUUGAGGUAUGAAGAUCCAGCCAACGAUGCUAAAUACCGACAGUGGGCUCGCGAUUUGCAAAUGCUGUUCAAACAGGAAUUGGAUGAAGCUCGGAAGGGGUUGGAAUCGUGUGGUGAGGGCGUGCCUCAGUAUAUCAACUAUGCCGAACGUAAGUCAAUUAUUCCCCUUUUUCCCUUGCCAAACACUUCUCAACUACACAAUAAAGAAAAGAGACAAGGAGGCAUCGAGCUGACACUCUUGUAG